AUGGGAAGAAAGCUGCGACACGUGCUGAUUUUCCUACUCAUCAUCCUGAAGGAGCUCAACAUUCCAGAAGCUGGCUGCAGCUGUUCACCAUCAUCAUCACGCUGCAUAUGCCGGAAGCGAGGUCUCAUCAGCAUUCCUCCAAACCUCCCAACAUCCAUUUCUGACUUAAAUGUUGCAGUAGCUGGCAUUGCCCUGAUUGGCACUAUCAUUCUCACAAAGUGGUACAAGAGGAAGAUGAGGCACCCUCCAGGGCUAAAUUCCAAUGCUGUUGGUAGCAACACAAACACAACAGUUUCUGUAAUUGACAACUGUGAUGACCAGGCAGGGCAAGGCCAGCAUCCAUCACAUAACGAAAUGCUAGCUGCCUUAAAGCCAAAUGCGAUGUAUGCAGGUGUGGGAACAUCACUAACGAGCCAAACUGCCAGUGGCCAUGAUCAGACAGGGCAGGGCCAGUCUCAGGCCAUCGCAGAAUCCACCAGAAACACCAUGGCUACUGUAACAGCCAGUAUUCGUGAUCAGACAGGGCAGCGACAGCCUCGGGCCAUCAGUAAAUCUAAUACAAACGCCACAGCUACUAUAAUGGCCAGUAUUUAUGAUCAGACAGGGCAGGGUCAGUCUCAUGCUGACCAAAAGUUUCUGGAAGUUAGAAGUAACAAAGACAACUGUGAUCACCAGGCAGGGCAAGGUCAGCCUCCAUCACAUAACGAAAUUCUAGCUGCCUUAAAGCCAAAUGCGAUGUAUGCAGGUGUGGGAACAUCACUAACGAGCCAAACCGCCAGUGGCCAUGAUCAGACAGGGCAGGGCCAGUCUCAGGCCAUCGCAGAAUCCACCAGAAACACCAUGGCUACUGUAAUGACCAGUAUCUAUAAUACAGGACAGGGCCAGUCUCAGGCUAUCACAGACUCCAACACAAACCCCAAAGCUACCGUAAUGACCAGUAUCUAUAAUCAGACAGGACAGGGUCAGUCUCAGGCCAUCACUGAAUCCUUGGAUGAUAGAAAUCUAUCUUAUGGCACAGGGCUGACUGCGUACGAGACAAAUUCCCAUUACGCAUAUGUAGAUUGA